UGUUUUUUAGGUAUUACUUGUGGUCGGACACGCAUCCCUGUUUUAGGAAAACUUGGGACUUUUGAAACUUGUUCUCUAAGACGGAUUCCUCUUAGAAACUUUUCGGAAACACCAGCGUAUUUUGCAUCAAAGGAUGGUGCGAGCAAGGAUGGUUCUGGAGAUGGAAGCAAGAAGUCUGUCGGUGAGGGGAGUGGUAAGAAGUCAAGCUCUGGAAGCUCUGGGAAAGGAGGGAACCAGCUGCGCUGCCCGAAGUGUGGCGACUUGUGCACACACGUGGAGACAUUUGUGUCUUCCACCCGUUUCGUGAAGUGUGAAAAGUGUCACCAUUUUUUUGUUGUACUGUCAGAGGCAGACACAAAAAAGAGCAUCAUUAAAGAGCCCGAGUCAGCAGCAGAAGCUGUGAAAUUGGCAUUCCAGCAGAAGCCGCCGCCUCCACCGAAAAAGAUUUAUAACUACCUCGACAAAUACGUUGUUGGUCAGUGUUUUGCCAAGAAGGUGCUUUCGGUUGCUGUGUACAAUCAUUACAAGAGGAUCUACAAUAAUAUCCCAGCUAACCUGAGGCAGCAAGCAGAAGUUGAAAAACAGACUUCCUUAACACCGAGAGAAUUAGAAAUCAGAAGACGGGAGGAUGAGUACAGAUUUACAAAACUACUGCAGAUUGCUGGAAUCAGUCCACACGGUAAUGCUUUAGGAGCAUCAAUGCAGCAACAAAUGAACCAGCAGAUACCUCAGGAAAAACGGGGAGGAGAAGUACUAGAUUCAGCCAAUGAUGACAUAAAACUUGAAAAAAGUAAUAUUUUGCUGCUUGGACCAACUGGAUCAGGUAAAACCUUGCUGGCUCAGACUCUAGCUAAAUGCCUAGAUGUACCUUUUGCUAUCUGUGACUGCACGACCUUGACUCAAGCUGGCUAUGUUGGUGAAGACAUCGAAUCUGUCAUUGCGAAACUCCUGCAAGAUGCCAACUACAACGUGGAAAAAGCUCAGCAAGGAAUUGUUUUUCUGGAUGAAGUAGAUAAGAUUGGCAGUGUUCCCGGUAUUCAUCAGUUACGGGAUGUUGGAGGAGAAGGUGUUCAACAAGGCUUGUUAAAAUUGCUAGAAGGCACAAUAGUAAAUGUUCCAGAAAAGAAUUCUCGUAAACUACGUGGAGAAACGGUGCAGGUUGACACAACAAACAUCCUCUUUGUAGCUUCUGGUGCUUUUAAUGGUCUUGACAGAAUUAUCAGCAGGAGGAAAAAUGAAAAAUAUCUAGGAUUUGGGACACCGUCUAACAUGGGAAAAGGCAGAAGAGCUGCGGCAGCAGCUGAUCUUGCGAAUAUCAGCGGAGAGUCGGAUCCACAUGAAGAUAUUGAAGAAAAGGAUCGCUUGCUGCGUCACGUGGAAGCCAGAGAUCUCAUUGAGUUCGGCAUGAUUCCCGAAUUUGUGGGACGUUUGCCCGUUGUGGUUCCUCUGCACAGCCUAGAUGAGAAAACCCUUGUGCGGAUUCUUACGGAGCCACGAAAUGCUGUGGUGCCUCAGUACCAGGCGCUGUUCAGCAUGGACAAGGUUUGA